AUGUUGUUCGACGAGCGCUUUAUCGGCGCCAACGCAACGAAAGAGUCGCGGGACGCCUGGGCCGAGGAGACAUUUCCACAGAUCAAAUUGCUGUGGAUGUGGAUGAUCCUCCUACAUUUUGCCCGACUCCUACCAUUGGAUCCUGUCAUCAUUCACUGGCUCUCUGUACUGCUUCGCAAAGUGUCCGAUACGGCUACGCCGGUGGUUAGUGUGCCGGACUACUUUGUGCCCUGA